GAGAGAGCAAGCAGAGAGAACUGCAGACCACAGAGAGAAAAUCUAAUACACUGAUAGACGCGCACACAGGGAACACCAUUCACUGCCCACUCUAUCUGUGACUGGCUCUGAGCAUAACAACAUCCCAUCUCUCCUUUCCAUUUGGAUUUUAUGUUUUCCUGCUGUUUUUACAACAGGGACAAAUUAAAGCACAGCACCUCAUCCUUGUCUCCAGCCGUCCAACAGGAGAAGAGAAAGUGCAUAUGAUGGUGGAAGCGAGGCCCAGGCGGAUGCUGCGAUGGCCAGACUGGCGUCUAACCGUUUGUCUGCUGCUUUUCUGUAUGUUUGGGUUCACCGUGGGCCGCAAAGCUCCUAAAAUCCCACGGUGUCCAGCGACCUGCUCGUGUACGAAAGACAGUGCCUUCUGCGUGGAUACCAAAGCCAUUCCCAAGAGCUUCCCACCGGGAAUCAUCUCAUUGACUAUGGUGAACGCUGCCUUUACAACGAUUCCCGAAGGAGCUUUUUCACAUAUGCAGCUAUUGCAGUUCUUGUUAUUGAACUCAAACACAUUCUCUUUGAUUUCUGCUGAUGCAUUUGCUGGCCUUGGACACCUGCAGUACCUAUUCAUUGAAAACAAUGACAUCCAAGCUCUGUCCAAGCACACAUUCAGGGGACUCAAAUCUUUGACACAUCUAUCUCUAUCCAAUAACAACCUGCAGGUUCUGCCCAGAGAUCUCUUCAAAUCCCUGGACAUCCUCACAGACUUAGAUUUGCGAGGAAACUCGUUCCGUUGCGAUUGUAAGAUCAAAUGGUUGGUCGACUGGAUGGAGAAGACGAACACCUCGGUUCCAGCCAUAUACUGCGAUAGUCCUUUUGAGUUUCAGGGCAGACGCAUCCAUGACCUCACUCCACGUGACUUUAACUGCAUCAGUGCCGAUUUUGCAGUGUAUGAGACAUACUCAUUCCAGUCUUUGUCCGUGGAGUCAUACGAGUUUAAAGAUGACCAGUAUGUGGUUUUCGCUCAGCCCAACACUGGAAUCUGUACUGUGUUCAUAUGGGAUCACGUGGACAUGCUUUUCAAGACACAUUACAACAUUACAUCUCGCUCUGCUGUCUACUGUAAACCUGUGGUUAUCAACAACACUCUCUACAUGGUUGUAGCCCAGCUCUUUGGAGGAUCCCAUAUCUACAAAUGGGAGGAGGCCCCACUGCGCUUCGUCAAAAUCCAGGAUAUCGACAGCACCCGUGUGCGUAAGCCCAACUUCAUUGAGACUUUCCAGAUUGAAGGAGAUUGGUAUUUUGUUGUAGUUGAUAGCUCUAAAGCCGGAUCCACCAGCUUGUACCGCUGGAACAGUAACGGAUUUUACUCGCACCAGUCCCUUCAUCCGUGGCACAGAGACACUCAUAUUGACUUUCUCGAGAUGGAUGGCAAACCUCGUCUCAUACUUUCUAGCUCCUCUCAGCCCCCGGCGGUGUAUCAGUGGAAUUCCAACCAACGACAAUUUGUCUACCAGUCCCUCAUCACCGAUUCUGGCGACGUCCAGAUGGUCAAGCACUUCUGGGUGCGAAAAACUCUAUACUUCUGCCUCACGCGCUUCAUAGGAGACUCAAAGAUCCUGCGCUGGGACAGCCAACGGUUCGUGGAGAUCCAAACCCUGCCCUCACGUGGCUCUAUGGCCGUGUAUCCGUUCAGUGUCGGAGUGAGGCAGUACCUUCUCCUGGGGAGCGAUUAUUCCUUCUCUCGAAUUUAUCUGUGGGACGACCUCACUCAAAGGUUUCAGCCCUUUCAGGAACUGAACAUGCUGGCACCUCGAGGGUUCAGCCUGGUCUCCAUCGACAAUAAGGAUAUUCUGCUUGCGGCCAGUUUCAAGGGAAAAACCAUGGCCUACCAGCAUUUAUUGGUGGACCUCAGUGCCAAGUAGGCUGCUAAUGUUGUGGCUCUCAGGCUAUGUGUGCAUAAAUGCCAAGGAUAGAAAACACUUCAUUCACAUGCAAAUUAGGUCUGUAACACUGUAACAUUGACUAUUGUCAAGCUAUUAUCAACUCAAAACUAUCAAAUGAUUAUGCAUUUGGGCCUUUACAAGCAAACAUUUAAUAUCUGCAUUGCUAUAUUUAUCUCUUAACAGUAUGUGCAUUGCUUAGAAAUUUCAUCUAAAAUGUUUAGACAGAUGCCACACCCAGCGGUGUGGACAGUGCCUUCUCGGAAGGCUAAAUAUGUGUUCGGUGCGUCAUGGGAACCUAUGUGCAUGUCAUGUUAAAAUACGUGCUUGAUGCAAAUGGGUACAUGAUAAAAGAGACGCUCAUGUCUUGCAAGAUACUCACUAAACACCAAACCCCUGAUUACCCUUACGAAGCAUCUGUAGCAGACACAUAUUUUGACAUGACGCGCGAUGCACAUACUGUUGGUUCAUAUGACGUGCCGAAAACACAUUUUGACAUGAGGAACCACACAUACAUGAUGAUGAAUUCACGAGUCGCCACUGGCCACAUACAUGCUCAUACACAAACACCUACACACUAAAGAUAUAGGAAAACAUGAAAUUGCAUCAUAUGACCCCUUUAAAAUAGUAUGUGCCCCUGACAAAAAUAGCAUGUUUAAAAAGUCCUUUAAAGCCAGAUCAGGGGUUUUCAAACUAGUGGAUCCUUGCAAUGUAUGUCCUUUGAUCAUGUAUUUUUUGAAAGGUUUCUUUUCCCGGCUGAUUUAGGUUAUUUAUUGAGGAUUGUAAGGUGUUAUUAAAGCAACACUAAAGAGUUUUUGCUCUUUGCUCCCCCUACAGGUUAGAAGCGUAAUUAUUCAUUACCACUAUCGUAUAUAUUGCAGCAUAGCUGGCUCUGAUUGGAUUGUAGGUCUGCCGUAAAGCAAGUUUUUGUAGUUUUUACUUGAACUACAGGACCACUACCCGACGGUUGGAAACUUCUUUAGUGCGGUUUUGGCCGUUAGAGGGCUGCAAUGCAAAUGUGAAAGUGCCAUUCACCCUGUUUUGAGUGGAUGAACCACUGAAACUUUUUUGGAAAUGUUAUUUUAAGGUAAAAAAACCUCUUUGGUGUUGCUUUAACUGUCAAUCUGCUUUGGAAUAUUUGGUAACACUUUACUUGAACAACUAAAUCAAAACUUACUUUUUUACAGCAUAAAUGACAAUGUACUGUAAUAUCUGUUUUGAUUUUGGAAAUUGUAUCUGAAAUGCUUCUCUAACAAGGAGAUCAACAUACAACAUUUGUAUUUGAGGGUUCUUGUCAUUUCUAAGUUCGAUAACCCCUGAGCUAGACUGUUAAAAAUUGUAAUUGUUUUUUUUUCUAUGUGUAGGUAAUUCUGUAACAAUACUCUAAAUUACAAACUACACUCUAAAAGAAAUGGCCAUUAAAAGUUCACUAGCUCGUAAUCAUAGAGAAACCAUUUAACUCUUUCGCCGCCAUUGACAAGAUAACUCGUCAAUUAAGAGAAAACGCUUCCCUGCCGAUGACGAGUAUUUCCGGCUUUCUGCAAUACCGCUAUUAUCCAUCAGGUGCGCACUUCCGCAACUUAUAAAACCCGGAAGUAUCACCCUAGGUCAAGAUGCUGCAUGUCUGUGAAUGUUUUGAGGAUCGCUCUGAAUCUGAUCUCUAACAAAAGUCCUUCACAAAAAUGGAAUUAUUUCAGCUUUUUGCUCAAAAUUUUGUGAAGUACCUUCCCAUAUUUGAGAGGUGAUAAAAAGAGAACUAAUGGUAGGAUAAAACUUUUUUUUGAAAGCAGAGGGUCUGUUCUUUCAUUUGAUAUAUUGUUUGUUUAUAUAUUUAAGGAAGAACAUUUUCUGGAAGGCAUUAAACUUAUGUGAAAAUCAUGAAAAAUAUUUCAUUAAAAAUCGCUGGCGGCGAAAGAGUUAAGUGCUAUAUACUGUAGCACCUGUAGAUCCAUACAAUGUGCUAUAGCAUUAUUAUGGUUCUACAUAAAUAUUCAACACGUCCAUCACCAUUUUUCUCAGUUAAUGUAUUUCUAAAGGUGCUGUUGAUAUGAAUUUUUUUUACCCGAUGUUGACAACAACCUACAGUAUGCAAUCCACACAUACACAUCAUGGUAAUAUGGACAUCUAUGGUUGGAUUUCUUUGCAUGAGUGGAUUGCAUGAGUUCUUAUUAACAUCUGGUAAAAAAGAUUCAUGUCAGUAGCGCCUUGACAUGAAAAUGGUGACGUGUUCAAUACUUAUCUUACCCGCUGUAGAUGCUAUAUAGCACUUAAAGUGAUUUCCUUAUGAGACUAUUUAGUGCUCUUUAGCACCAUUUGUAUAGAUUGUAGAGUGACUUACAGUUUAAAAACUUUGCUGUCAUCAGCAUGCAUUGCAAUAACACUAUGAAAAUAAUAACUUAAGCCAUGACGCAAAAUAAAAUUGAAAUAUCUGUUUA